CCACCCGAUAGACAUAUACCUUACUCCUCUCUAGCACUCUAUUUAUUAGCGCGUUCCUUCAAUAUUUUUGUGUGUUAAUCCAUUCGUCACUAUGCCUAGCAUCAGUAUCAUUACGAUUAUCACCAUCAUUAUAAUCAUUGCCAUCGUCAUUGUGUAGAUGGCUUAUAACGAAGCGCAGGAUUUAUUAAUGCUUUCACAAACACCGGGGACCGACAUCAGAACGAAUUGUGCAUCCUGCGCGUGCUGAUGUAAAAAACAUCUAUUAUUACAUCGUAGAAAUAGACGCACGUGCAUGCAGGGCUUUAAUGUAGAAUGCAAUCGGUGGACACACACACACACACACACACACACACACACACACACACACACACACACACACACACACACACACACACACACACACACACAUUAACGGCUUUGCUGGUUUCAGGUCGUUGAUCCGAGGCUGCAGAUAGAUGAGGCUUUAACACACCGGGAACAUGCACGAGCUUUAAACUGAAGAUCACCGACAGCACUCGGAAAUCCCCCUGAAUGGUGCAGACUGAGUUCAGCAGUCACAUUGUGACUCGACCUGAGGGAAAAGCUUAAUCCCCUGCAUCACUGUAUGAGCACUGAGUAUCAUGGGAACUACUCUGUCAGUAUCGCCAGGCUACCAUAAGGCAACGCUGUGUGAUGAGGCAGCACAGAACAGCAAGAACACCAAGCGCUCCUCAGUUAUUGGCGUGUUACCGUGGAAACGAAUCGUCGCCGCUUCUGCGAGACGGAAAGGCUCAAAGAAGCUCCCUGCAGGAGGAGAAGGAGAAGGGAGUCAGGAAGAGAGUGCUGUUAGAGUUAGUGUCAGCCUUUAUGGCAAUCUAAACCUCAAGAAGUCUCAGUCUUAUGCUAACCUAUCAGCGUUCACACAAGAAGGAGAGCUAAAUGUUCCAAAUUCCAAAACCACUAGUGACAUUGCUGCCAUCGAGGAACAGGAUCAGGAUGGGUCGGAAGGUUCCAAAUCUCCAAAGCGAAUCUUGGUACAGGCAUCAACCAGUGAGCUGCUGUACUGUCUGGGUGAGUUCCUGUGCCGUCGGUGUUACCGGCUAAAGUAUCUAUCAUCAGGCGACCCGGCCCUAUGGCUGCGUGCCGUUGACCGUGCCCUUUUGCUGCAGGGCUGGCAGGAGCAAACCUUUAUCUCGCCUCCAAGUGUAGUCUUCCUCUACAUGCUGUGCCGUUCAGUGAUCUCAGCCGAGGUGGGGAGUGAUUAUGAGCUGCGCCUUGAACUGCUCACCUGUUUAUACCUGAGCUACUCUUACAUGGGCAGCGAGAUCUCAUACCCACUCAAGCCCUUCCUGUUGCAGCAGGACAAAGAAGCAUUCUGGGAUAGGUGCCUGCAGAUCAUCAACUGCACCAGUGCUAACAUGCUAAAGCUAAAUGCAGACCCACGCUACUUCACACAGGUCUUUUCUGACCUGAAGAGUGAGUGUCAGUGAGGGGAAGGGGAGAGAGUACUUCUUGAUCAAUAAACACCAUGCUGCAUGUGUGUGUGUGGGUGUGUGUGUAGACAGUGGAACAUCUCUGAAGUUGCCAGCACUGAUUAAUACCAGAUGCAUUUAUAAAGUAGUUUCUCUAAAAGGUUUCCUCAAACUUCUCAACACACAGAAAUACUUAGUGAAGUAUUAUUAUGGUUGUGUUUCAACUGUGUUUUGUUUCACAAACAUUACAUUUACAACACUUUUUAAGUCCUUUUGUUAAAAAUGGAUUUUUAGCAUUGGUUAUAAACCUGUUAUGAUUGAGCUCAGCCGAGAAGAAACUGCUAAGAAUAUUUUAUUGCGUAAAUGAUAGUUUUAUAU